AUGCAACUGCUGAACUCCCGGCACGCGGUGCAAGCCCUACGGCGGCGAACGCGCGCUGCGCUGGAGCGGGACUUGGUUUUCUUGGAGUCCGAGCCCGUUGGCGUUCAGGCGGAGUGGGCCGAAGCAAGGUCGCUGACCAGGAGGUUUUUAAAAAUGGCAGCAAUGUUUGACGCUGCUGCCAAGAAAGAUGAUGACAGUGCAGCUGACGCGGCCGCCGCUGGCGAGGCACAAGUCGAGCUCCCUGCCGGCCGAGCGCAGCUCCUGGAUUUCUUCAACGGCCCGUGGUCAGGACUACCUUUGGCAUGCGCCGAGGCGGGCCGGGCUAGCGCCGGGCCGCUGGCCAGCGAGAAGGGAGGUCCUGUGGCUGAGAAGGAAGGGCCGCUGGCCGGCGUGGCCAGCAUGGCUGACACAGGGCCGCAGGCCGCGGGCGUUUCUGGCACAGGGGCGCAGGCCGCGUUGUUUGGCAACGCAGCCUUGGAGUUCUUGCUCCAGAGACGUUCGCGGAACACUGGCUUUGCGGACUGGAUGCACUCGCUGGCCCCGGCUGACGCUCGCAGAGUCAUCUUGAACAAGGCAGAUGCCUUCGGCACCACGAGCGCAGACGCGCAGGUGCAGCAGAUGAGUUCUGUCUUGGUGAGCGAUGCGUAUGGCUGGGGCUCAGAUUCGGCCUCGGAAGCGGAGGAAGUCGAGGCGAAUCCUGCCAGACCAGGGUCUGCCGCUGCUGCUUCCAGUGGGCCUGCUCCGCCUGCGAAGCGCAAGCUGCAAUCCAGAGCCAUUCCUUGGGGUCCAUUUCAGAUCGCGCCGAUCGUCCCGGCCGCGGGCCAGAGUGGGUGGGGAGCCAUUUGCGGACAGCAUUGCGAUCAAGGGAACACGCUGUCUUGCAAGAAGGCCGUGAGCCGCAGCAGCGCACUGACUGAUGCUGACUGCGUUCUACGCCUGAAACGAUGGCUCCUCGCGGGCCACUCUGACCAACAGUGGCCGAGCCACAGGCGACGCUCGCACCACGUUGAGCUAGGUGACAAAGGCUUGCAGGACCUCGCGGAUGGCAUGACAGAAGCAGAGAUGGAUGAGUUGGUAGUGCAAGAGGUGUGGCAGGGCAAAAAAGUGAAAGGCGUCUGGAAGACGGUGGGCCGGGUCGGCGUGCUGACGGGGGAGCAGUACGAGGACACCAACAUGUCUCAACGAACUGAAGAGCACAGCGGCCACGGGCCCUUUGCCGAGGAGGCGCUGGAAACCAAGCGGGAAGUCCUUCAGAAGGUGCCCAAUGACGCUGAAGAAGAGAGGAAAGCAGGAGGGUCCUCGAACAUGGACGUGUUCAUCAACCAAAUGGCCGCCCACGGAUACGAAGGUCAGCCCGUCCUCACAGACAGCGCUGAGUUUGGCUUGCCAGCCCAGCUUCCUGCCACACUGAUGCGAGACUUGUCCCAAAGCAUCGCGCGCGCUAACGCUGCUACGUGGAAGGCAGAAGACAACAAGCACUUGGCUCCCACCAUGCUGCCCAAAAUGAACGUGUGGCUCGAGCCCGCCGGGCAUCGCAAGGUCGCGCGCCUGAUGCUUGGCCGGGAAGGCUUGUUGUUCCAGGGGUUUCCAGCGCUUCUCUUCUUGGAGAUGCUGGACGCUUUCCAAGCUGCAUCGAGCGCCGCCGGCAUUGUGAGCCACGGUGCGCAGCACUCAGGCAGCAAGAGCGGGCCGAAGAAGUCGAAAAAGCAAAGCGGCGAGAGGACGGACUUCAGGCCAAAAGAUCUCUUGCGCACCUGGCGCCCAACAGAAGUCCUGAUGCAAGACGUAGCAGGCAAUGCUAUGUCGCUGCCUGUGGUCAUGACGAUGUUGCAGUGCGCGUUUGCUUCGGUGAAUUGGCGUUCUGGUGCUGUUAGCCGAGCUGCGGACGAAAGUACGGCCGUGAAGGCAACUGCAUGCCCUGCAACAGACACCGCCUGA